AUCAACACAACGAUGGACUCUAGGUGUGCGGGCGAAAGUUCUCCUCAACUUGACCGGGCAGGUUCGGAAGCAGACAUGCGACAGCUACCAGCGUCACCAUCAUCAUCAACGUCACCACCAUCAACAUCCCACGGGAAGAUCGACAAGGAACAGCCUGUAACAUCAGCUCCAGAAUGCAAGAAGAGGCAGCGAGCGACGCUCAACAAGAAGUCCAUCGCAACUAGCUGGGGCAACUUCAGGCUUCCUCCUGACUCCCUUGUCUCCUCCGACGACCAUCCACCCAUCUUCAAGCGGCGAGCGUCCAGGAUUUCGUCCUUCAUUUCAACUGGUACAGGAUCCGUGGCGAGGUAAAUCAUUCCUCUGUCCUCCCUCCUCCUGAAUGAGGAGGAAGCAGCAGGUAGCCAGCAAGUACCUCCCCGUCGAACAGAUCCAGCAGAGCCAUCGAGCCUCCUACGUCUGUACCGAGCAAGACCGCGGCUGCGGCAUCCUCUGCAUCUGCUCCCCUCAGUUUCCUGACGGCAGCCUGGCCUCUUGCACGCUUGCUGUCACUGACAGUCUGGUGGAGGCGGAGGAGGAGUGUCUGGACUUCCCC